AUGCCUCAACCAUCCAACCAAGAAACCAAAGAACAAGAUCAACACACUCUUGUUUUUGAUGCCUCAGUCCUCAGACACCAACUUCACAUACCCUCUCAGUUCAUUUGGCCUGAUGAGGAGAAAGCAUGUUUGGAUGAGCCUGAGUUACCGGUUCCAUUCAUUGACUUGGGAGGCUUUCUCUCUGGUGACCCUCUUGCUGCACUAGAAGCCUCCAGGCUUGUUGGUCAGGCAUGCCAAAAGCAUGGUUUCUUUCUGGUUGUCAACCAUGGGAUUGACUACCACUUGAUAUCUGAUGCUCACCUUUACAUGGACCACUUCUUUGCCCUUCCCCUGUCUCACAAACAGAGGGCUCAGAGGAUGCCAGGGGAGCACUGCGGCUAUGCUAGUAGCUUCACUGGCAGGUUCUCUUCAAAGCUCCCUUGGAAAGAGACCCUUUCCUUUCAGUACACAGCAGACAAUAACUCACCAACCCUUGUCAAGGACUACUUAUGUGAUAAAAUGGGCAAAGACUUUGAGCAAUUUGGGAAUGUUUACCAGGACUACUGUGAAGCCAUGAGCAAUCUUUCCUUAGGCAUAAUGGAGCUUCUAGGAAUGAGCCUUGGAGUUGGUAGAGCCUAUUUCAGGGAGUUCUUUGAAGAGAAUAACUCAAUAAUGAGGCUGAAUUACUACCCUCCAUGUCAAAAACCAGACCUUACUUUAGGCACUGGACCUCAUUGUGAUCCAACACCUCUGACCAUUCUUCACCAAGACCAAGUGGGAGGCCUGCAAGUUUGUGUUGACAAUGAGUGGCAUUCCAUUAAACCUGAUUUCAAUGCUUUUGUUGUCAAUGUUGGUGAUACCUUCAUGGCUCUUUCAAAUGGGAGAUACAAGAGCUGCUUGCAUAGGGCAGUGGUGAACAGCGAGACAACAAGAAAAUCUCUUGCUUUCUUUUUGUGUCCGAGAAAUGACAAGGUGGUGAGUCCACCAUGUGAAUUAGUGGACAAUUUGAGGCCAAGGCUGUACCCAGAUUUUACGUGGCCCAUGCUCCUUGAGUUCACUCAAAAGCAUUACAGGGCUGACAUGAAAACCCUUGAGGCGUUUGCCAACUGGCUUCAAAGGAAUUCAAGUAGCUGA